AUGAAUGGGGCAUACAGACCCAAAGUGAAUGUACUGCUCACCAAGGGCUGCACCCCGGUGGGGGAUCAGGAAGCCCGCAUCACGGAGCACAGGGCAGGCCCUGGCCUCUCCCUCCUCUCCUACACCCACGUGUGUCGCCACCAAGACUACUGCAACAACCUGUCCACCACCCUCCCACUCUGGACCCUGCCUUCCACCACAGGCCCGGGGAACCUGCGGUGUCCGGUCUGCUUGUCUAGAGACCACUGCGGGUCUGCGACAGAGCUGACCUGCCCCGCCGGAGCUGCGCCCUCCCUCACCCUCUCCCUGCCUCUGCCCACAGGGGGCGUCUUAACUGUCCUGAGAAUCCAAGGAUGCAUGUCCCAAGCUGGCUGCAACUUGCUUAACGGGACUCGGGAAAUCGGGUCCAUCAUUGUGAGUGAGGACUGCAGCCCUAACGCUUUUCUGACCUGUGAAUGGGGGACCACCUUCCAGAUUGGCCAAAACCUGUCUCAGACGCCCAUCAUGUGGACCUCAGAUGGGAACAAGAUUUGUGACCCCCAGGCGAUGUGUCAGGAGACACUUCUGCUGAUAGACGCAGGACAGAGCUCAAUCAUAGUGGGAAACAAAGGCUGCACCAGUGGCGGGACGCAAGAUGGCCGGACUGUCUCCAUACACUCGGGGCCCCCUGGAGUGCUGGUCGCCUCCUAUGCCCAUUUCUGCUCCUCCAACAGGUGCAACAGGGCCAGGAGUACCAGUGUCCUACUGAACUCUCUCCCUCGUCCAGCUGCCCCUGCCCCGGGAGACGUGCAGUGUCCCAUCUGCGUGCAGCCCUUUGGGCCCUGCCCGGAAAACGCGGAAAACGUUACAUGCCCCAAAGGCACGACUCACUGUUACAGCGGUUACAUCAGGCUCUACGGAGGUGGGUUCUACUCUAAAAUAAAUAUUCAGGGUUGCAUGACUGAAGCUUCCAGCUCCCUGUUGAACCAUACACGGAAAAUCGGGAUCUUCUCCGUGGCUGAGAACUCUGAUGAACCUCUCGAUCCCAUCUUCCAAGAUAGGGCGGUCCCCACCCCCUUACUGGGUUGGGUGGUGGGACUUGGGUUAUUCCUAGCCCUCUGGUGUGGGAUGCCUCUCGGCUGACCCCAUUUCCCGAGGAUUCUUAGCUCCUUGCCGAUUCCCCAAACCAAACCUUCCCUCUGACCUCAUAACCAAACAGCCUUGGACAUUGAAUGGUUUCCUUGUACUUUUCAUGAAUUAUCAUCCCCCUCCCCCUCAUGCGCCCACAGACCUCGUGACCUGGUAACAACAUAAGGGAGCAGCUGGGAGCGGCUGAACUUGCCCUCUGGGCAAGCGGUGGCCACCUGUGUCUGAUAAUAAAGGCAUCGUCCUUUCCCUGAA